CCUCCCGGGCGCCCGCGGAUCCCGCAGCGGCGACGGGGCCGUGGGUGUGAGAAGGAAACGGCGCCGACCCGCCCCUGGCACCACGACCCUCUAAAAGCCCCGGGGCCGCCGCACCGAGACCAUGCCCGCCCCGGCCGCCCGUGCCCCCGGCGACUGAGCGGGGCCCGCGGAGCCGGUGGGGCCCGGUGGCCGGGAUGUCCCGGCGGAAUCCGCUCGCCCUCAGCCUGCUCGGCCUCGCCGUCUGCCUGUUGUCCGCACCGGCGCUGGGCUGCGGCCCGGGACGGGGCCCCGUGGGGCGGCGGCGGCUGGGGCGGCGGCAGCUCUCGCCGCUGCUCUACAAGCAGUUCGUGCCCAACGUGCCCGAGCAGACGCUGGGGGCGAGCGGGAAGGCGGAGGGGAAAGUGCUACGGGGCUCGGAGCGCUUCAGGGACCUGGUGCCCAACUACAACCCCGACAUCAUCUUCAAGGACGAGGAGAACACGGGGGCGGACCGGCUCAUGACCGAGCGCUGCAAGGAGCGGGUGAACUCGCUGGCCAUCGCAGUGAUGAACAUGUGGCCGGGGGUGAAGCUGCGGGUGACAGAGGGCUGGGACGAGGACGGGCACCACCUUCCCGACUCGCUGCACUACGAGGGCCGGGCGUUGGACAUCACCACGUCUGACCGUGACCGCCACAAGUACGGCAUGCUGGCGCGCCUGGCCGUGGAGGCCGGCUUCGACUGGGUCUACUAUGAGUCCAAGGCACACAUCCAUGUCUCCGUCAAAGCAGAUAACUCGCUGGCCAUCCGCACCGGCGGCUGCUUCCCCGGCCACGCCACUGUGACGCUGCAGAGCGGCGAGCGCCGGGGCCUGGCCGACCUGCGCCGUGGGGACUGGGUGCUGGGUGCAGAGCCGGGCGGGCGCCUGGUGCCCACCGAGGUGCUGCUCUUCCUCGACCGUGACCAGGGCCAACGUGCUUCCUUCGUGGCCAUCGAGACGGCCAGCCCGGCGCGCCGGUUGCUCCUCACACCGUCCCACUUGGUGUUUGCAGCCCGGGGGGUGGCCAAUGGCACGGCCGCCUUCCUGCCCGUCUUUGCCCGCCGUGUGCGACCGGGCGAUGCGGUGCUGGCUCACGGGGCUGGCGGGCAGGGGCUGCGCCCUGCGCGGGUGCUGCGGGUUUCACGGGAAGACGGAGUGGGGGUCUUCGCCCCCCUCACCUCUCACGGGACCCUGCUGGUCAACGGGGUGCUGGCAUCCUGCUAUGCCGUCCUGGAGAGUCACCGCUGGGCCCACCGAGCCUUUGCCCCCCUCCGCCUCUUCCACGGGUUCCUGUCACUGCUGCCUGCCCGUGCUGAGGCGGGCAACAGCACAGCUCCAGAGGCGGGCAUGCACUGGUACUCCCGCCUGCUCUACCGCCUGGCCGGGGGCAUGCUGGGCCACGAGGUUCUGCAGGUGUAGGGGUCCCCAUCCCCCCAGUUGUCGCACUGCAGAUCAUGCCACACACUGGAAGUGAGGGGGCUCUGGCCCUGGGUCUCCCUUGGACCCAGGGAGGAAGGACACAGGCAUCCUCAACCCUGUGUUGCCUCUCAGUUCAGCAUUGCCCAGGGCUACAGGGUGGUGGGGACAAGGUCCCUCGGAUGGGGUGGCCUGGGGUGGCCCAGGGAGGUGGGUUCAACGCCGUCCUCUGCCCCCGAGCCCCUCCGCAGCACUGCCGGGUACCCGCCUGGGUCCCUGCGCCCUGGAUCCUUGCACACUCCCCUGUAUUUAUUGCUUUAUUAACCGUUGUGGCCGGGGCUGGGGCUGCUGCCUCUCAAGCUGAGGCUGAACACCACCAGCCCCUGCCCAGGCCAAAUCUGACCCAAGGGAUGCCAAAUCAGCCAAGACUGAGCACCGGUCCCCAACUCUGGGUCUGUCCCUUCGUCACCCAUGGUGUCCCAAUCCCCGUGCAGCGCAGGGUGGCUGGUUGGGGUGUCUGCCACGGGCACCCUGCGCUGGGCCCGUCUCUAACCGUGCUAACUGCUAACCCCUCCUGCUUGAGAGUUUUAUUUUUCUAUUUAUAAAUGGUAAUAUAAACGUCUCCCCGCACCUGCCCACCCCCCCACCGCGGGGCAGGGGGCUGGCCUGCUCUUAACCACUUGUCUUUAAAAGAAAAACUACUAUUUAAUUGUUUGGCUAAAUAAAAGAGAUUCUAUGG